AUGGCUCGCAACAGUAAAAUAUCGCUGCUAAUAAAUGUGAUAUUAGUUUUAUUUUGUAUCGCUGAUCGAGUGAAUGGCGGAAUAAAUAAUGGAAAUAAUAAUAAAGCUUUUCCGCAUAUUGUGUUUAUUAUGGCGGAUGAUAUGGGCUACAACGACGUAAGUUACAACGAUCCCAUGCAUCAAAUCCCAACUCCCAACAUCGACGCCCUUGGCUUAAACGGAGUCAUCCUCAAUCGUCAUUACUCAACUCACAUGUGCAGUCCAAGCAGAGCUGCUCUCAUGACGAGCGAAUAUCCGAUCCACACGGGAUUGCAACAUUGGGUAAUUGAUGCCGACGAGCCAUGGGGACUGCCUUUGGAUCGAAAAAUUAUGCCGCAAUAUUUCGCCGACGUUGGCUACGAAACUUAUAUGGCGGGAAAAUGGCAUCUUGGCUUCCAUAAGUCGGAAUAUACGCCGCUGGCACGUGGUUUUGAUCAUCAUUUUGGAUAUUGGGGCCCGUAUAUCGAUUAUUGGGACAAAACUUUUGUCAAGCUGGAUCGUCCUUAUAAUCGGGGAAUAGAUUGGAGACGAGAUUCGACAAUAAUGCGGAAUACAAAUGAAACUUAUGCCACGUAUGCGAUAACGGAUGCUGCUGUGAAUUAUAUUGAACAACAUGACAAGCGGAGACCCAUGUUGAUGGUUGUCAAUCAUUUGGCGCCUCAUACGGGAAAUGAAGAUGCCCCCAUGCAAGCCCCAAGAUCCGAAAUCAAUCGCUACAGCUACGUACAAAACGAAAAACGGCGAAAUAUGACCGCCAUGUGCGCCAUCUUGGAUGAAGGCGUCGGUAAGAUCAUGAAAGCCUUAAAAGAGCAAAAAAUGCUCGAAAACUCAAUUGUUGUCUUCAUUUCUGACAAUGGAGCGCCUACAGUCGGGCUUCAUUCCAACAUGGGAUCAAAUUAUCCAUUCAGAGGACAAAAGAACUCUGGAUGGGAAGGAUCUUUCAGAACUCCCGCUGUAAUUUACAGUCCUUUAAUUAAAAAACCGGGAAGAAUUUCCUUCGACUAUUUUCACAUCACAGAUUGGCUUCCAACCCUGAUGAGUGCAGCAGGCAUCAAAUUACGCUCGUCACGCCCUCUAGAUGGAAUUGAUCAAUGGAAUUCGAUCAGUCUUGGUUUAAUGGGAAAGCGACGUGAGAUGCUUUUGAACAUCAAUCCAGUUGUUGGUUGGAGUAGUUUUAUCAAAAACGAUUGGAAACUUCUUCGAAAAGCGCCGGAAGCGAACGAUAAAUGGCUCAGUGAGGCAAAUAACGAUACGCAAUUCAGAAAUGAAGCGAGUUAUGUGCAAAAUAUCGUCAAUAGUGACGCUCAAAAAGCCAUCGGAAAAGGUCUCAACACUUUCGACGUCGUUCAAACUCUUCGCAGGAAUCAAAUUAAUUGCGGAGUGCCGAGGAAAUUCGGAAAAGGCUUCAAAGAAUGUGAUUUCAGUAAAACGAAACAAUGUCUCUUCAACAUAAUUUCAGAUCCGUGUGAGAGAUAUGACGUUUCCAGCAUGUAUCCGCACAUUUUGAAACAAAUGGAAGCUGCGUUAAAAGUUUAUGAGGAUCAAGUUGUUCCGAGUUUGUAUCAACCGACAGAUCCCAAGUGCAAUCCUGCUUAUUUCAAUAAUACGUGGGUUAGUUGGAAUGAUCCGCCGAGUGUCAGAAACAGCUUUUUGGUGACUAUGGGAAAGGAAAUUUAUUAA